GGGUUUUGUGUGAUCAUCAACGAUACUAAACACUAUACUACUAUACUACGUGAUGUAUGCUGAUCGUGUGGAGGCUUCAACCAGGAGCUCCAUAAAGGACCGUCUUUAUGGUAACACCGCACCCGAUCCCCGCCCUAGGCAAAUUACCGGCAAGAGGCUGAGACAAGAUGAUGACAAAUGGGAACACGAUCUUUACAAAGAUGAUGAACAUCAAGUGUCAAAUCGCAGAGUUGGUACUAAAGAUCUUCGGUUGAAGCUCCAGAAGAAGAGUGUCCAGCAAGCAACUAAAAGUGGAAAUGGAUCUGUUUCUGGCGCAAGGGAUCUGCGUGAAAAGCUUUCUGGCACAAUGUACUCGCAUCCAGCGAACACUGAUCUUCCAAAGCUGAAGCCAGUUCUUGAGGGUAGUAAGCCUGUGAGGAAAAGUGUUAUUGUUGAAGCCCUUGAACCAGAGAUCAAAAAAGUUGCUAGCUCAGUCCCUAGGAAAAAGACUCAGCAAAAGGCUGAAUCUGUUGAUAGUUUCCUGCAGUCCCUUGGUCUGGAGAAGUACUCAAUUACAUUCCAAGCAGAGGAAGUUGAUAUGACAGCGCUUGUGCACAUGAACGAUGAGGAUCUGAAGGUUUUAGGAAUACCAAUGGGUCCAAGAAAGAAGAUACUUUUGGCAUUGGAGUCUAGAGCCUGACAUUUGGUAGUGAAGCCGGCUGGUCCUAUGUAUGUUUGGUUGUGAUCUUAAUGAUUUGGUCCAACACCCCCCCACUUGUAGUCAGCAGCCUUUGUUUGGUAUGACUGCAUGCAACUUGUUUGGAUUAUUUCUUCAGUUGUAUUGGUGGUGAAACUGGCUUCAGUGAGUUCAUUUGUUGGUAUAUUAUGAAUAGAAGAUUCAUUAGCCGGACAGAAUUAGAAAUUGUUAAUUUGAUUGUUGCUUAAAUUAUAUUAGGGUUGUUUUUGUCUGCCAUCUGAGGGCUGUUCAAAUUUGGUUAGUGUUUUCUUUAUUA